AUCCGACGUUCGUUCAAUUAGGAAAAUCGUAAUUUGUGGUGCGCUUGUGAGAACGAGGAAAAGCCAACUGUAAAUGUUCAAGAGGAUGACGGUGACCAUGUACUCGACGCUGUUACUGUUGAGAUCCACCAAGCUUGGACGUUUUCCAACGAGAUUGGCUUCGUCCACCUCGGGGCUAAGGAUCCCCCAGCAACCGGGAAAUCGAGUGGACUUACGAAGGGAGCUCCAGACGACAGACAGGCCACGAAGAGCGGCGACCUUCAAUGAUCGAAGCCAACUGAAGUAUGCCCGUCGUUUGGUGGUGAAAUUGGGCAGCGCUGUCAUCACAAGGGAGGACGAGCACGGAUUGGCGUUGGGCCGUCUGGCCUCCAUUGUCGAGCAGGUCGCCGAAUGCCAGAACGAAGGUCGCGAAUGCAUUAUGGUAACUAGCGGGGCGGUCGCGUUCGGCAAACAGAAGCUCACCCAGGAACUGUUGAUGUCCUUAUCGAUGAGGGAAACACUGAGCCCCGCUGAUCAUACCCGGGAACACGCAGGCACUCUGUUGGAACCUAGAGCAGCAGCCGCGGUGGGUCAAUCGGGUCUAAUGUCUCUGUACGACGCGAUGUUCGCCCAGUACGGUGUAAAAUUGGCCCAAGUGUUGGUCACCAAGCCGGACUUCUACAACGAGGAGACGCGUAAGAAUCUGUUCAGCACCCUUAGCGAGCUGAUCAGCCUGAACAUCGUGCCUAUCAUCAACACGAACGACGCGGUGUCACCGCCCCCUCACGUCGACGAAGAGGUGUCCGGUGGCGGCGGGCGAAGAGGCAUUUCUAUCAAGGACAACGACUCCUUGGCGGCCAUGUUGGCCGCGGAGGUCCAGGCCGAUCUGCUGAUCCUGAUGAGCGACGUCGAUGGUAUCUACAAUCUUCCACCUUGGCAGGAUGGAGCGAAGAUGUUGCACACAUUCAGUUCCGACUUGAGGGGCACCAUCAAGUUUGGACAGAAAUCGAAGGUCGGCACCGGUGGCAUGGACUCGAAGGUGAACGCUGCCCUUUGGGCACUGGAUCGUGGUGUGUCCGUCGUGAUCUGCAACGGAACACAAGACAAAGCUGUAAAAAGUAUCCUCUCUGGAAGGAAGAUCGGUACAUUCUUCACGGAAACGACUGGAUCGUCCACACCUGUCGAGGUCGUUGCCGAAAAUGCACGUGUGGGCAGCAGAACCCUCCAGGCUCUACGUCCGGAGGAACGAGCAAGCUGCAUCAACGCGUUGGCCGAUCUCCUCGAGUCCCGUCAAUCAGAGAUUCUGGAAGCGAACGCGAUAGAUCUCGAGGAAGCGAAAAAAGGUGGUCUGGCCAAGGCAUUGUUGUCGCGUCUCUCAUUGACACCCGCGAAACUGAAGUCCUUGAGCUCGGGGUUGCGACAAAUCGCGGACGAUUCGUUGACGAACGUCGGUCGUGUGAUCAGACGGACAAGGCUGGCCGAUGGACUGGAACUGAAACAAAUUACAGUGCCGAUCGGUGUGUUGCUGGUGAUUUUCGAGUCGAGACCGGACAGCCUGCCGCAGGUAGCUGCGUUGGCGAUGUCCAGUGCUAAUGGCCUACUUCUGAAGGGCGGCAAGGAAGCCGCCAACAGCAAUCGUUACUUAAUGAACCUCGUGAAAGAGGCCCUGAACACCGUGGGAGCCUCCAACGCGAUAUCCCUCGUCUCGACAAGGGAGGACGUCGGUGAUCUGCUCUCGAUGGAAAAACACAUAGACCUAAUCAUACCGCGCGGUAGCUCCGACCUCGUGCGCACCAUUCAGGAGCAAUCGAAGCACAUCCCUGUGCUCGGCCACGCGGAAGGCAUUUGCCACGUGUACGUGGACAAAGAAGCGGACUUGGUCAAAGCUUUAAGAAUCGUCAAAGACGCGAAGUGCGACUACCCCGCUGCCUGCAACGCUAUGGAGACGCUCCUUAUCCACGAAAACCACAUGAAGGGUACCUUCUUCGCCGACGUGUGCAGUAUGCUGCAGAAGGAAGGGGUGAAAAUCAAUUCCGGGCCAAAACUGAGGGAGCUGUUGACGUUCGGCCCACCUGCCGCGAAAAGCAUGAGGAUCGAAUACGGUUCCCUCGAGUGCACUAUCGAGGUCGUGUCGGAUCUUGACGACGCGAUAAAUCAUAUUCACAAAUGCGGCAGCGGGCACACAGAUGUGAUCGUUACCGAGGACAACAAAACAGCCGCCCACUUCCAGAGGGAGGUCGAUAGUGCAUGCGUGUUCCACAAUGCCAGUACACGAUUCUCUGACGGAUACAGAUUCGGUCUUGGCGCCGAGGUUGGAAUUUCCACUGCAAGAAUUCACGCCCGUGGACCAGUAGGAGUGGAUGGUUUACUGACCACAAAGUGGGUAUUGCACGGUGAUGGUCAUGCAGCUGCGGACUUUGCCGAGGGUGGCGGUAAAGUGUGGCUCCAUCAGUCGUUGCCGCUGAACGAGUCGGCAUGAAUUGAUCCUGUCGUGUCGAACAACUUCGAAGAAGUCGGUGUCUUCGCGACACAGAAGGUUCCCCGUCGAGAAGGAGCAUCGAAGAAAAAUUGCAAACUUUUAAAAAUCAGCAUUCUUCGAUCGGUCGUCGCUAAAUGUUCGUGGUUCAUUAAAAAUCUUAUAAAAUAGACCUUUACAUAGACGAUCGAAAUCUCUUCCUUGCGACGAUAAUAUAGACAAAACUAUUGUGAAUAACUUAUCGCGAACAUAGUCAAACUCGUUCGCCGAGCUAACAGAUACAAAUCAAAAUGUUUAAAUUAUUUUCUUAAAAUAGUCAUGUAAAUCUAAAUGUCUAGUUUCUUAUAGAAUAAGUAUUAUUUGUAAGAGCUACUGCCGUAUGAAAUUGAGUUGAACAUACUUUUGGUAAGACGAAACAGUAUACCGUGUAAUUGAUUUCGCUGUGUAGAGAUAACUUGUACUCGCAAAAUUAUAUAAAAUAGAAUGUCGGAUCAAUUUUAUACAUGGGUUACGAAGUUUGUUCAUUUGUAUUUCCCUUCGUAAUUGUAGAAAUACGGAG